AUGUCCACUCCGACCAAGGACAACGGCCUAGAUCAGAUCCAGCUCUCACCUUCUGAUUCGGAGUCUACUGUCGCUGCAGACACCGCUUCAGAUCAGAACGCUAACUUCCAGAUCAUCCAGUUGGAAAAGAAGAAGGCCGAGUACGAAUAUCUUAAAGAGCAACGCCGCCGUUUCGAGGCCGAGAUGGAACUGUACGACAUCCAGAUCAAAGGCGUUCAAAACGACUUCAACCGCCUCUCACAGGACGUCGUUCAUACCAACAACUACGCCGGCCACCAGAGCGAGCCCACCACGCCUCCCGAGUACCGUGAUCAGGGCUUCCCGUCUGCCUUCUCACGUCCCCAGCGUUACUCGAUGCAGAGCUUGACUUCCCCUCAGCACAGCUACCAGUCUGGCUCAACUCGUCCUAGUCGCUCGGGCUCCCAGAUCACUUCUCCCGGCCAGAGCUUCACUCAGAGCAGCUCGCACAUCCCGUCAAAGUCCAUGCCUGGUUCCCGCCGUGGAUCUGAUGAGGAGGAGGACAACUACGAGUUCGACAUCUCCAACAUGAACCCCCGCUCUGGCGGCGCUGCUCUCAAUAGGAACUCGGUUCCUGUCACCGGCCUUGACUUCCGCCACCGUGCGACUACGGAGCUUCCGGACCUUCCCUCGGUUCUCGGCCACAUUGACACUACCCACUUCCUCUUCGGUGACGACGACGAGAAGCCCAGGAACCCUGCUGCCUCGCCAGAUGUCAAGAGCUAUUUGCAGAUGAACACAAAGGACGGCAAGUUCCCCAUCUUGGUUCGUCACGGUGGUGGGGACAGGAUGCAGCUCUCCGCUUCUUCUGCCGCUCUGGAUCUUGCGUCCGUGUCCUCACACUCCCCUGAUCCUCAGCCAAACGGCUGGCCGACCACUUCGCGUCACCGUCAUGCUCAGCACAGCCUUCCGGUCAACAAUCUGCACAAGUCUGAUGAGUUCGGUCUCGAUGGCUCUGGUGCCAAUGGCGCCGAGACUCCCCGGCGCUCGACCAUCAGCAACCGCCACUCAAUGGAGGUGAGGUUCAGUCCGUACAACGACUCUAAGCGCCCUGGCCCGCUUGCGACUCCGCCUAACGGUUCUACCAACGGAAUGCCCAAGCUUCAGUCGUCGUACUCGACGAAUGACAUCCCGACCAUGAAGAACACCAACGGUCUCAACGGCACUCCUACCGGCGGCAACGGUGUCAACUCGCACGCCGAGCAGCACUUGCACCACCACAACGCUAGCAUCGGUCGCAUUCCCAUGGCUGCAGUCAAUCGCCACAGCCGUGAAUUGUCUGGCGGCGAGAACAGGCUUGAUGACCCCAAGGGCGCUGCCGCUUUCCGUUCCAUGGGGUCUGCUCUUCAGGCUAACGCUGCGCCCUUCGGACCUGCUCUUAGCAACGGAACCAACGGUGUCACCACGAACGGCACCACGCCGGCUGGAGUAUCUUCGCCUACUGCGACCACCAUUCCGUCAUCCAACGGCACUGGCAUCACCAGUCCUCCGAUGUACGGCAACCCGAACGCUCCAUACUAUGGUGGUUACGGCAUGGCGAUGCUCAACGUGGGCAUGCAGAACAUGGGCCCCAACGGUCAGGCUCCCUACAACCAGCUUCAGAUGUAUCCUCCGUUCAACCCAUAUGGCCAGGCUUUCCAACAGCCUUUCACUCAACAGGCUCCUGCUCAGCCUCGGUUCCCUGACAGCCAGGCCCGUGUAAUCCAACAGCGCCGUAUGCAGAACCAGGAGGAGCACAUGCGCACCACGACAAACUACAACUUCGACUCUCUCAUGCCUCAUGACAUUGUCGAGCUGUGCAAGGAUCAGCACGGUUGCCGCUACCUUCAGAAGCAGAUUGAGGGCCGCAACUUGGACAUCGUCAAGAAGAUCUUCGAGGCCACCAAGGAUCAUGUCGUCGACCUGAUGCAGGACCCGUUCGCCAAUUACCUUUGCCAGAAGAUGUACGAGUUCUGCAAUGAUGAACAGCGCACCGCCCUUGUCCGGAACGCGGCCCCUCAAAUGGUAAAGAUUGCCUUGAACCAGCACGGUACCAGGGCUCUCCAGAAGAUGAUCGAGUACGUCUCUACUGCCGAACAGAUCAGUAUCAUUAUCGAGGCUCUGCGUCACAACGUCGUCACACUCAUCCAGGAUCUCAAUGGCAACCAUGUUAUCCAGAAGUGCCUGAACCACCUCGGUUCCAAAGACUCUCAGUUCAUUUUCGAGGCUGUCGGCAGGUCUUGUGUCGUUGUCGGUACCCAUCGCCAUGGCUGCUGCGUUCUCCAGCGUUGCAUUGACCACGCUUCUGGCGAUCAGAGGAUUGCAUUGAUUGGCUCCAUCACUGCGAACGCCUUCUCUCUGGUUCAGGAUCCCUUCGGCAACUAUGUCGUCCAGUAUAUCCUCGAUCUUCAGGAGGAACAGUUUACGGUUCCCUUGUGCCAUAGCUUCGGUAGAAGCGUUCCGAUGCUGUCGAAGCAAAAAUUCAGCUCCAACGUCAUUGAGAAAUGCAUUCGCGUUUCUCCCGCCGAGGCUAAGCGCACCUUGAUCGAGGAGCUCCUCGUUCCUGGUGAGCUUGAGAAGCUGAUCCGCGAUUCCUACGCCAACUACGUUGUUCAGACGGCUCUUGACUAUGCCGACGCCCCUACCAAGAUCCGCCUGGUCGAGGCCAUACGUCCUAUGCUCAACGCCAUCCGCGCUACUCCCUACGGCCGUCGUAUCAUGAGCAAGAUCCAGGACUUUGACGGUCGCAUGAGCACUAACUCAAGCGGCCAGAUCACGCCAACUGCCGCCACUGGUCCCGGACAGAUCGCAUUCCCUGGUCAGCUCAACGUCACUCCCCAGCAGGGUGCUUACAGCAACAUUGCCAAUGGCUACGGCAGCAGCCUUGCUUCCCCUCAGCCGCACCGCUUGUCCAACCCCCAGGUUCCGAACAAUCUUCAGAACAAUGUACAGCAGAGCAUGAACCCUUACAACGGCUCUCCUUUCCGCGGCGGACCGACCCAGCAGAACGACGGUUCUCCCUUCCGCGGUGGACCGAACCAACAUAACGGCGAUUCUCCCUUCCGUGGCCCGAACCAGCAGAACGGCGGUUUCUUUUAG